AUGCUCACGAAACUUCCUAUUAACCUUUUGCUUGGUGUCUUGUCUUUCUCAACUGCAUAUGCCCAAGCCGAAGAUGCAGGCUCUAAGAUUCAAUUCCCUGUCACAGGUGGGGUUGUCAGUGGCCCAACAAGGGUAAAUUUUACCUUCUAUGGUACAAACUCCUUAGCGGAACAAGAUGGCUACCGUCUUAUAAAUGUUGGAGUUUACAAUGAUGAGUGGGAUUACGAAUCGGGAAGUGCAUCAGCUAUACCAUCAGAAGGGAUACGGGUUUUGUUUGAGGCAAGUUCUUAUCUCGCAGCAGUUGGUGAUGGAAUCCGCUACGACGCUCCUGCUGCUGUGUUCGACGUUCCUGGAGAUGAUGGACUUCCAGACGAUUAUGUCUUCAUUCUGUCAGUAAUAGGCGACGACGAAACUACUACUCCUGGUGAUGAUGAUACAACAACUUCUGGUGACGAUGAAACUACCACAUCUGGAGACGAUGAUACAACAACUCCAGGAGACACCCCAACAAUUAAGACUUCAACAGGAAAGGACAGCCAAACCACAACUGGAGGAUCAGGAUCUUCAAACCCUACAACCCCGUCCACAUCAUCCUCAGGCUCUACACAAACUACCUCAUUUGAAACUGCAAAUGUUGAGAUUAAUCUUCAAUUCAACGUUACUACGGUACAGAUAUUACUCAAACUAGUCAGAGUAUAGGCGAUGUCACUCUUGUAUUGAUCAAUUGUGUAACAGAAUAGCCUGGAGCAAAAAAGUAUGACCUAACUACAUGGCGUAUGAUCGUUAGACUGAGCUCAAAUUAGUUAAAGGUGUAAGGUCACAGCCUUCGUCAUACCGUUAUGAAGCGACCAGAUCUUGGUGUUUCCCCUCUCAG